AUGGCGUCCAUCGGCCCGUCCAUCGCCGCUUCUGCCAUCCCGCUGACGGCGCCUUCUAGCGCGGCUCCGCCGCCGGCAUCCUACGGCGCGGCCCCGCCACCGCCGACGCUCUCCGGCCAGUCCGUCAUCACCCCGCCGCCGGCGCCGCCUCUGCCCGUCGACCCCUUGCUGUUGCGCGGGGUGUUUGACGCGCCCGCUCCCGCGUACGGGACUCCUACAUACGUGGUUCCGCCCGUGUACGGGUCUCCCGGGUACUGGUGGGGGCCGUCAGUAGGCCAGCACUCGCAGCAGCCUGACGGCGCCCAGCACCUGCAGCAUCUAUCCGCGGGCCAGCAGGUUUUUCCGGUGGGCCAUCCGGCCUACCCGGCUCCGCAGUCGCAGCCAGGGCUGCUACCCAUACCGUAUGGAGAGUACCCACCGCCGCAACCGAGCGGUGGCUACGGCCUCCCCAUGGCGUCUCCGUCCCCCUCGCCGGCCCUGCCGUCGGUGCCCUGGGAUCCGGUGCUCCUCCCUGCACUGCAUGCCGCUCCUACGACGAAUAACUAUACUGGAGGAGGUGAUUGGUACAUGGACACCGGUGCUACGGCUCACAUGUUUUCUCAUCCUGAUAACCUUGCCUCCUUCACUCAUGUCUCCACCGACCGCCGCAUCAUUGUCGGCGACGGUUCCACAGUUCCUAUCACACCAUUGGGCACACUUCUUUCCUUCUAG